UCAUUUUGUUUAAGAGUGUCAUUGUGAUGAGACAAGACUGAUAAAUAAUCUGGUUUGUCAAGUUACUCAAGAAUUCAACUAUCCUGAGCUUUUUGUAGUCGGCAUUGAUUUGUCGUCAUGUCUUCUAUCAAGUGAUUAUUUAUGUAAUUUAUUUAAUAAGUUAUCAGUAAUGUAAAAGGAUAAAACGUGAUUCAGCGAAUGUUAAAAUCAGUUGGACAUAACCUCCUGAGUAUUUCACAUCAUUGAGAUAUUGGUUAUAUUUAUUAUAAAAUUAUAAUUGUUUAAUAAUUUAUAACAUUAUAUCAAUAUCAAUAAUAUUAAGAUGACGGACGGCAAUCAAAUCAUGGCUCAGGCCCUCAAAAAUCAGGGUAUAGAAUAUGUUUUUGGAAUAAUGGGACAUCCUGUUAUUGAACUGAGUGUAUCUAUGCAAGCUGUUGGACUUCAAUAUCUGGGAUUUCGAAAUGAGCAAGCUGCUUGUUAUGCUGCCCAAGCUUAUGGAUACUUAACAAGAAAACCAGCAGUAGUUUUAUGCGUUUCUGGACCAGGUUUGCUGCAUGUCACUGGAGGUAUGGCGAAUGCACAAGUUAAUGGUUGGCCUUUACUUGUCUUGGCUGGAUCAUGUCCUGUAGAUCAUGAAGGAAUUGGUGGAUUUCAAGAGUAUGCUCAAGUUGAAGCUAGUCGUCCUUAUUGUAAGUAUGCAGCUAGACCACCAUCAGCUGCUCUUAUACCACUACAUGUAGAAAAAGCUGUACGGUUAGCAACAUAUGGUCGACCAGGAGUAGCUUAUUUAGAUCUACCUGCUACUCUUCUCAAAGAACAAGUUCCAGAAGACAAAAUAGCUCAAGUCUUACCAUGUCCAGAACCACCAAUAAUUUUUCCAUCAUCGUUAUUAGUGAAAAGAGCUGCUGAUGUGCUUAUUCAAGCUAAACGACCUUUGGUAAUUAUUGGAAAAGGAGCUGCAUAUGGCUGUGCUGAAGAUGAACUCCAAAUGUUUAUUAAUUCAACUAAUUUACCAUUUUUACCAACUCCAAUGGGAAAAGGUGUUAUUUCUGAUUUGGAUCCACAUUGUGUUUCAAGUGCAAGAACAACUGCUUUACUUCAUGCGGAUGUUAUACUUUUAUUGGGAGCUAGAUUAAACUGGAUGCUCCAUUUUGGUCGACCUCCACGAUAUCAAAGUGACGUUAAAAUCAUACAGGUAGAGAUAUGUGCAGAAGAAUUACAUAAUUCAGUUACAUCAGAAGUUGCUAUUCAAGCGGACAUAAAACCAACAGUAAAAUUUCUAACAGAUGCCCUUCAAAGCAAGAAUUUUUAUUUUGGUCAAGAAGAAGACUGGUGGACUCAAUUAGAAAAAGCUGGAAGUGAAAAUAAAAUGAAAUUACAGCAAUUAUCAUCAGAUAUAUCAGUUCCACUGAAUUAUUACACCGUUUUUAAACAUAUUCAAGAUGUUUUACCUACUGACUGUAUUAUUUGUUCGGAGGGUGCUAAUACAAUGGACAUUGGUCGAUCUAUACUUUUAAAUUUACAUCCUCGCCAUAGGCUUGAUGCAGGAACAUUUGGAACCAUGGGUGUGGGUUUAGGAUUUGCAAUAGCUGCAGCAUAUUGUAAAGAUUUUUCUCCAAAAAAACGAGUUAUUUGUGUUGAAGGAGACAGUGCAUUUGGAUUCUCAGCGAUGGAAAUUGAAACAAUGUUCAGGUAUAAACUUCCGAUAAUAAUAAUCAUAGUUAAUAAUAAUGGAAUCUACGGAGGUUUUGACAAAGAAACCUUUAAUCAAAUUCAGAAUCAAGGGCCAACAAUAUUUACUCCACCAUAUUCACUGUGUGCUGACGUUCAUUAUGAACGAAUGAUGGAGCUUUUCGAUAGAAAAGGAUAUUUUUGUACUACUGUAGACGAUAUUCAGAAUGCAGUAAAGAGCUCUUUAAAGGUAACAGAUGCACCAAGUCUUAUAAAUAUACUAAUCAAUCCAACUGCUGAACGCAAAGAACAAAAAUUCGGGUGGCUGACAGAAUCAAAGCUUUAAUAUUAUAUUUUUAUGAUAGAUGAUUGUUGAAUAAUGGAUAAAAGUUUGUACUAAAUUUAAGAAAAUAUUUUUAUUAAAAAAAAAUAUAAUAUGAAAUCUAUUAUAUAUGAAAAUAGAA